AUCAGUGCUACCCAGAAUCGACGCAAUAAGCCAUACUCGAGAGUACACUGCAAACGUCACCCGAACAAGCUCAACACGGGAAGAUGGGAAGCGGUGCCACAAAAACAUUUCCGGUACACCUGUAUGAAGAUGAUGAGGACACUGUGUCUGGGAAUAUCAACUGCAGCCCAUACAUUGAUUGUUCUGACAUCAGCUACUUCAUGCAGAGGCACCGGGGGAGGCUGUUGGCUCGUGAUCGGCGGGUCUUGCAGUGCUGCCUCUCCGUUAUCGCUGAAGAGCCGACCUGGGUGUGGAGGCACGCGAGUCUCGAGGUGCACGGUGUACAACUUGCAGUGAUGUUUUACUCGGGCGACAGAGCCAAUAAGUAUGUUGUGUGCAUCAAUAAUGAUGGCAUAACAUCCAAGUGUGUCAGCCGAGGACUUCGUCUGAAGAUGAGGGAUGGCUUCCGUUCAGUGUGGAACUGGAUUGGCAAUGCAGCGGGGAGAGUUCUCGGCGCUUUAGGUGGAGCUGGGAGAAAGAUGCUGACUUACUGAGCAUUCGUGGAACCAGAGUGGCGUGGGGAUUGGGGAGGGUGUGAGAUAUUUAUUUGAAGCAUUCUCAACAUUUCUAGAUUCAGAAAUAUAUAGGUGAUCAGGUAUUUAACGACCUACGUAAAUAUCGCUUGUUCAAAUCUUCUAUGUGGGGCUAAAGAAUAUAUAAUAUACAAUAUAAAAUAAACAUUUA